AUGCCGGACUCGCCCUGUCUUUGCAUCCUGAAGUCCUGGAUCAUGCCCAUAGAGAUCAAAAAUACGCUCUACAUUCGAAAAUAUCACUUUAGCCUAAGGACUCUGUCAACACCAAGUCAACACCAAAGCGGCAAGAUAUUUUCUUGGAAGAGUUGCAUUUUGUCAAUUGUUGGCCUGAGCAUCUUUAAGAGAGGCUUUGCAGGCGCGAUUUAG